GGGGCGACGCGCACGCGCAGGGCCGGCGGCGCGCGCCGAGCGGGGGGCACCGCGCGGGUGCAGCCACGAUGGAAGGGGGUGCGUACGGAGCGGGCAAAGCCGGGGGCGCCUUCGACCCCCACACCCUGGUCCGGCAGCCGCACACCAUCCUGCGCGUCGUGUCUUGGGUGUUCUCCAUCGUGGUGUUCGGCUCCAUCGUGAACGAGGGCUACCUCAACAACAACUCGGAGGGCGAGAAGUUCUGCAUCUACAACCGCAACCCCAACGCCUGCAGCUAUGGCGUGGCCGUGGGCGUGCUCGCCUUCCUCACCUGCCUGCUGUACCUGGCCCUGGAUGUGUACUUCCCACAGAUCAGCAGCGUGAAGGACCGCAAGAAAGCCGUCCUGUCCGACAUCGGUGUCUCAGCCUUCUGGGCCUUCCUCUGGUUCGUGGGCUUCUGCUUCCUGGCCAACCAGUGGCAGGUGUCCAAGCCCAAGGACAACCCGAUGAAUGAAGGGACAGAUGCGGCUCGGGCCGCCAUUACCUUCUCCUUCUUCUCCAUCUUCACGUGGGCGGGCCAGGCCAUGCUGGCCUUCCAGCGGUAUCAGAUUGGCGCCGACUCGGCCCUCUUCUCCCAGGACUACAUGGACCCCAGCCAGGACUCCAGCAUGCCUUACGCCCCCUACGUGGAGCCCAGCACCGGGCCAGACCCCACCGGCAUGGGUGGUACCUACCAGCAACCGGCCAACGCCUUUGACGCCGAGCCCCAGGGCUACCAGUCGCAGGGCUACUGAGCUGCAGUGACCGCCUGCCCCUCGCCUGUCCCUGCCCCGGUCCCAGCCGCCCCUGCCCUCCCCGCCCCCCCACCGCCCACCGCCCACGCCCAGACCCCCGCGCCCUCCCAGGCUGCCCUGCCCAGCGCCUCGUUCCACCGACGUCCAGGGCAGCUCGGGGUGGGAUGGGGCAGUAAGGUGUUGGGGGUGCAUCUACACGUGUGCAAGUCUGUCCGGCGGGGGCUGGGGGUGUUCGCGUUCAUCCGUUGUGUCGUCGAGUGUUCGUUGAGUGCCUGCUGUGUGUCAGGUGUGUGCUUGGCACCGGUGGUGAAAGAGAAACGGUCCCGGAGAGGAGGCAGACGAGGGACGGAGGAGGCCCCGUGGGUACCAGAGGUGGGAGCGGUGCGAGAGAUAGACCCGGAUGAUGCCGGGAAGGUUUGGCCCCAGGGUGGGUGUGAAUGCCCGCAGGACACUGGAGUUGUCACCUGCCGGAGUGACGGCAGCCCUACUGUGGGUGUUGGGGCUGUCUCCGUUUCGUGGCUGAGGAAACUGAGGCCUGGAAAAGUCAAGGUAGCUUGCCCAGGGUCACUCAGCAGCCAGUGAGAGUUGGCUCCAAGCCCAGGCCACCUGACUGCGGAGCACCUGCUGUCCCCUGUCCUCCCUGCCUUCCCCAUCCCCCAGCCUGGGGCUCCACCUCUCAGUGC